CAAGCAGCGUACGGGCUCUGGAAGCACCCCAGGCCAUGGUUGCCAAUGACCCCGGCACGAGUGAACAACCGGAAAGUAACCAUAAGAUGAUGCCUCAUCUUAUCAAUCGCCUCUUGCACCGGUUCAAAAGCUACUUGGCGCUAGAGGCUGGAGGUGCAAUGUCACACACCGUGGAAGUGUUUGAUUUGGAGCUAGAUGUGAAGAAUGGUCAGGAUGAAAGGCAAGUUGCUGAACGCUUGGUGGCUAAGUUGAAUAGACAUGGAGAUUGA